AUGUUUGUGAAGACUACUGUAUCUCUUGCAAUCUUUUUCGUUUUUGUUUCUUCAAUUCCCAACUCUCCGGAAGUGGAUUUCUCUCCAGAUGACGUGAAGAAAGGGUUAAUUAAUGAAGGAGUUUCCGAAUCUGGUGCAACUGAAAUAACUGUAUUUUUAUUCAAGGAUCGUCCAGAAGAUAUCACAGCUGGUGAACUGAAGACAGAGUUUCGUGAAUUCCUGGAGAAAAUGAGUAUUGAAGAUAAAUCUGCGAUUAAAGGAAUCAUCAGCAGAGAGCUUGAGAAAUUCUUCUCGGAGUCUGGUGACAAUCAAUCUAUUUUUCUUGUUGGAUGA